AUGUGCGACGCACAGCACGUAACGGUUUUGAUUGAAACUGGUGCUACACCAGUAGAGAAGCCCGGCUGUAACUAUGACGGAAUGCCGAUCAUGAAAUUCGCACAAAUAUAUUUUACCCUCGCGGAGUUGUCUGACGGCAGUGCUCUAAGGUAUGAUGCCGUUGCAGUUAGCUUCGUACUACAGAGAGGGACGGAAUGCUUCUCUGUCCGUGGCACCGAUGCACGAUGUCUUCUGACAGAUCGACCGAAUAAUCACAAGUCAUCACUCGAGAACUGGGCCACAGGAGUCAAUGUCGGAAUAGGCCACUAUGUCCGAAUAAAAUUAACAAUGACGAUAAGAAUCAAAUUUGGUGUGGCCUACAAGGCUGAUCAAUUGGGUGAUCAAACAAAGGCCGCGACCUUCAGGUACCUUCUUCUUGUAGAGGGCAUAACUUCCCCUACUCGAUCAAAAUUGAGUGAUAUCCCGAGGCCCCCGGCACGUUCAGAAUGCUAUAUUUUGACCAAAGAAUAUGACAUAUGCCUUGAGCUGCUGCUCAGGUUGUGUGAUUCACGAGGCAGCUUGAGACAAGCCCGAGAUUACCUACCUCAAAGUGGAGCCUCAAGCUCCGAUAACUCAUGGAACUCGGUAUCAAGCACAUACAUAUUGGCAGAAUUAAGUAUAUAUACAUGA